GGAGAAGCAGGAGGAGGAGGAGGAGGAUGAUGAUGAGGAGGAGGUGGAGAUCAAGCAAGGAUUCUUAAAUGUGGAGCUGGACUUUCAGCACUUUUAAAGCACCGCGCUCUCCGCCUCUCCAAAGACCCCUCAAUCCAAGUGAACUGCAAGGUUUUUCCUACUGCAUAGGUUUGAUUUGAACGGUACUCUUUAAAAAACAAACAAACAAAAAAACUUAAGACAGUUUUCUCCGUGAACAAAUCACGUUUCGUAGAGGGGACCUUUGGACUUUUUUCUUUUUUAAUCGCAACUUUCCAGGACUUUUUUUCCAAAAACAAACGGGAUUCCCUAGAUUUGCUGACACGUCCUUAAGCUAUUUUCUAGGACUCGUAGGUUAGUGUAUGGACUGAGAUUUUGAUUGAGAAGUACACUGUCUGUUGGAUGCAAUCGUACAUGUACGACAAAGCGAUGGCACCCGAAACGAGAAACGGCGGCACAUCGACGUUCAACAACAACGGCACCGGCACAACCAGGAGGAAACUGUUGAUAGUCCUGGAUAUCAUCUGCCUUCUUUUAGCUGUCCUGCCUUUCCUGUUAAUUGAAACUAGCAUGAUCGAGCCGUAUCAACGCGGGUUUUACUGCAGUGACCAGUCCAUCCGGUAUCCUUAUAAAAACGGAGACACCAUAAGCGAUGCCGUGCUCUCUCUCGUUGGCAUUCUUAUUGCCAUCGUCUCUAUUGUGAUUGGCGAAUGCUAUAGGAUCCGUUACCUGAAGCAGGGCUCACACUCGUUUGUAGGAAACCCCUACAUCUCUGCCCUUUACCGGCAGGUAGGCGUGUUCAUCUUCGGCUGCGCAGUCAGCCAGUCAUUCACAGACAUCGCCAAGGUGUCUGUGGGGCGCUUGAGGCCACACUUUCUUCACGUGUGCCAGCCGGACUACUCACAAAUCAACUGCUCUGAUGGCUACAUUACCAACUAUGUGUGCUCGGGUGACCCCAGCAAGGUGCAGGAGGCGAGGAAAUCCUUCUUCUCUGGACAUGCCUCAUUUUCAAUGUACACCAUGCUGUAUCUAGCUUUCUACCUGCAGUCUCGGUUUACGUGGCGUGGAGCUCGUCUCCUGAGGCCACUGGUCCAGUUCACGCUUCUGAUGAUGGCCUUCUACACCGGUCUGUCUCGUGUUUCAGACCAUAAGCACCAUCCCACUGACGUGCUCGCUGGCUUUGUACAAGGAGCGCUGGUGGGCUACUGCAUAGUCUUCUAUGUGUCGGACCUGUUCAAGCCCAAAGAGAAGACUGUCAGUCCUCCACCAUCGCCAAUCAAGAAAGAACUCCUGCCUUCCGCUGACAUCAUAGACAGGAACAACCAUCACAACAUUGUGUGAGAGGAGGAUAUGGAAGGAAGCAUCCCUAGAAUUCAAUCAUACCUUUGAAGAAUCUGAAGAGCCACCUGUGAAUGAAGAGAAGCAGCAUUUUAGCUGCUGCCCUCUCUUUCUCUCAUCUGACAGUAGAAUGUAGGGGCAGGAGACAGAGUUUUUUUUUUUUUUUUUUU